ACAGUGCAUAUCCACAGACAGAACCAUCCGGAGCAGCUGUGUGAGACCGUACACAGAACUUAAUGAAGAAUGCCGGGGUGGACGGAUUUCAGUGCGCCAGUGUGCUCACUCUAUAGUGUUCCAUUCCUUUGCAAUCCCAGAGAACAUGUUGCCAGAAGAGAACGUUGUGUGGAAUGAGACCUUUUACCAUAUUUUAUGACCAAUAUGCAUUAAGAAACACAUCCGUUCUACAAGUACAAAGUUUUCUAGUCUUGAAGAGGCAAGCGGCCAUCUACAACAGACCUGAGACCAUGAGAAUGUUUGGCAGUGGCAGAAGAGUCAAAAGAUGGCAGUUUUUUCAGCUGUUUGCCACUUGUUUUAUAUUGAGCUUCAUGGUUUUCUGGGGCCCAAUCAAUAAUCACAUCGUGAACCACAUGAAGUCCUUCUCCUACAGAUACCUCAUAAAUAUCUACGACUUUGUCAACGACUCCCUGUCCCUCAAGCACAGCUCCGAGCAGGCUCACUACCCAUACUUGAUCAACCACAGAGAGAAGUGUCAGGCUCAAGAUGUCCUCCUCCUACUGUUUAUAAAGACCGCCCCUGAGAACUAUGACCGGCGGUCUGCAAUCAGGAAAACGUGGGGCAAUGAGAAGUAUGCCCAUUCUCAAUUGAAUGCCAACAUCAAAACUCUGUUUGCUUUAGGAACUCCUGCUCCACUGAAGGGAGAACUGCAAGAAAAUCUGAUUUGGGAAGAUCGCGUGUUCAAGGAUAUAAUUCAGCAAGACUUUGUUGAUUCUUUCUAUAACCUCACUCUGAAAUUACUUCUUCAGUUCAGCUGGACAAACACCUUUUGUCCACAUGCCAAAUUCCUGAUGACUGCUGACGACGAUGUAUUCAUCCAUAUGCCAAACCUCAUUGAAUACCUUCAAGGGCUAGAGCAGAUCGGUGUCCGAGACUUUUGGAUUGGCCACGUUUAUCGUGGUGCCCCUCCUGUUAGGGAUAAAAGCAGCAAAUACUAUGUUCCCUAUGAGAUGUACCAGUGGCCGGCUUACCCUGACUAUACAGCUGGUGCUGCUUAUGUCGUCUCCAGCGAUGUGGCUGCCAGAGUCUAUGAGGCAUCGCAGACGCUAAAUUCUAGUCUAUACAUAGAUGAUGUGUUCAUGGGCCUCUGUGCCAAUAAAAUGGGCAUGGUGCCACAGGACCAUGCAUUCUUUUCUGGGGGAGGGAAGGUUCUUUACCAUCCCUGCAUCUAUGAAAAGAUGAUGACAUCUCAUGGACACGCACAUGAUCUACAGGACCUCUGGAUAGAGGCUACAGACCCUAAAGUAAAGAACAUUUCAAAAGGGUUUUUUGGUCAAAUAUACUGCAAGUUCAUUAAGAUAGUUCUCCUCUGCAGGCUGACUGGCAGGAAUCCGUAUCCUUGCAGGGCCGCAUUUGCUUAGUCGUACUUGAAUGCUGUGCUGUGUUC